AGGGCGUGGCUGAGACGCCUGUCGCCCCGGAGAGCCCGGAACGGCGAACGCUGGCGUCCGCAGCGGUGCGCGCUGUUCCACCGCUCACGGUCGGGGUCAGCCCAAGUCGGGGCGGGGUGGGAAGAGGGUGCCCGAGCCCCUCGAAGGGCUGGAAGUUGCAGCGGGAGCCCCUGGACGGAGCGGCACUGGACCCUCAGAAGAGUCCAGAUGGCACAGUGGGAGAUGUUGCAGAACCUUGACCUCCCAUUUCUGGACCAGCUGCACCAGCUGUACUCAAAAAGUUUCCUGCCAAUGGAUGUCCGGCAGCACUUGGCUGUCUGGAUCGAAGACCAGAACUGGAGGGAAGCUGCACUAGGAAGUGAUCAUUCCAAGGCUAACAUGCUAUACUUCAACAUUAUGGACCAACUGAACCAGUGGGACCACUACAGCUCAGACCCUGAUUGCUUUCUAUUACAGCAUAACCUGCGGAAAUUCAGCCGGGACAUUCAGACCUUACCCAAUGGUCCUACCGAGUUGGCUGAGAUGAUCUUUAAUCUUCUUCUGGAAGAGAAAAGAAUUCUGAAUCAGGCUCAAAGGGCUCAACAGAUGCAGGCCAGGCCAGCUCCUGAAGCAGCCGUGGAGAGUCAGCAGCUUGAGAUUGACUCCCGAAUCCUGGAUUUACAGAAUGUGGUUGAGGUGCUGGUGAGAUCUAUCAGGCAACUGAAAGACCUGCAUGAUGUCUUCAGCUUCAGAUACACAGUUUACAAUCAAAAGAAGACAUCAUCUCUGGAUGCCCAUCAGAGGGAACAGCUGCAACAGCUACAGGCAACCGCCAACGACGUGGACAAAAAGAGAAAGGAGGUCCUGGACACCUCCAAAGCACUAGUAGGCCGACUGACCACCCUGGUCGACCUGCUGCUGCCAAAACUGGAUGAGUGGAAGGCCCAGCAGCAGAGAUCCUGCAUUGGAGCCCCACCACCAGAGCUGCAGCUGGAACAGCUGGAACAGUGGUUGACAGCUGGAGCAAAGCUCUUGUUCCACCUUCGGCAGCUGCUGAGACAGUUGAAGGAAAUGAGUCACAUGCUGAAGUAUGAAGGGGACAUGUUUAGCAAAGGGGUGGACCUGCAGAAUGCCCAAGUCACAGAGUUGCUACAGCGCCUGCUCCAAAGGUCCUUUGUGGUGGAGACCCAGCCCUGCAUGCCCCAGACUCCACACCGACCCCUCAUCCUGAAGACUGGGAGCAAGUUCAUUGUGCGAACAAGACUGCUGGUGAGACUCCAGGAGGGCAAUGAAUCACUCAGCGCAGAAGUCUUCGUUGACAGGAAUUCAGAGUUACCAGGCUUCCGGAAGUUCAACAUUCUAACCUCAAACCAAAAAACCUUGACCCCUGACAAGGGCCAGAGACAAGGCUUAAUUUGGGACUUUGGCUUCUUGACACUGGUGGAGCAGCGCUCUUCAGGAUCAGGAAAGGGAAGCAAUAAGGGGCCACUGCCGGUGACGGAGGAGCUACACGUUGUCACCUUCGUGGUGAAAUACAUCUACCAGGGUCUGAAGAUGGAUUUGAAGACGGACACUCUCCCUGUAGUGAUCAUCUCUAACAUGAACCAGCUCUCCAUCGCCUGGGCCUCCAUUCUCUGGUUCAACAUGCUCAACUCAACUCCCCAGAACCAGCAGUUCUUCUGCCAAGCUCCGAAAGCCCCCUGGAGCUUGCUGGGGCCUGUGCUCAGCUGGCAGUUCUCCUCCUAUGUUGGCCGAGGCCUCAAUUCUGAGCAGCUGGGCAUGCUGAGGAACAAGCUAUUUGGAAAGAACUGCAAGAUGGAGGAUGCGUUGUUGUCCUGGGUAGACUUUAGUAAGCGAGAGAGCCCCCCUGGCAAGAUCCCGUUCUGGACAUGGCUGGACAAGAUUCUGGAACUGGUCCAUGACCACCUGAGAGAGCUCUGGAAUGCUGGGCUCAUCAUGGGAUUCUUGAGCCGGAGCCAGGAACGACGGCUGUUGAAGAAGACAGUCUCUGGCACCUUUCUACUGCGCUUUAGUGAAACUUCAGAAGGAGGCAUUACGUGCUCUUGGGUGGAGCACCAGGACGAUGAUAAAGUGUUCAUCUACUCCGUGGAGCCCUACACCAAGGAAGUGCUGCAGUCUCUCCCCCUGACCGAGAUCAUCCGCCACUACCAGGUUCUUGCGGACGAGAACAUUCCUGAGAACCCGCUGCGCUUCCUCUAUCCCAGAAUCCCUCGAGAUGAAGCUUUCGGGAGCUACUACCAGGAAAAAGUUAACUUUGAAGAACAGAGGAAAUACCUGAAACAUAGGCUCAUCGUGAUCUCUAACAGACAGGUGGACGAGCUGCAGCAGCCUCUGGAGCUUAAACCAGAUCCAGACCUGGAGUCCUUAGAGGUGGAUCCAGAGCCCAUGUCAGUGAUGGAAAUAGAAAAAGCCCUGGAAUUACAGACACUGCUGGAGUCAGGGCUGGAUUUGGGCACAGAGGUGUGUGCGACUCCACGAGUGAUGCUGGAGCCAGACCCCAGCCCUGCGUUGUCAUUAUUCCCAGAGCCAGAGCUGCCUGAUGAUCUGCAGCAGUUGAACACAGUGGAUAUGGAAAUCUUCAGAAACAACAACAUAAGUCUUGAUGAUAUCAUGCCCAACGGUGACCCACUCUUGGCUGGUCAGAACAUCAUUGAUGAGGCUUACGCAUCCCGCCCUAGCCAUUUUGAUGUGGAUGGACCCUUGAUUCCUUCUGAUGACUAGGAGCGACACUCCCGUUUUGUCCAUCCUAUCUCCCCCAUCAGGAUGCUGCUUCCGACAGUGGGAAAUGAGGCCUUCUAGGCUGGGUUUGCCGUGAACUUUGAAGUAAGAGGUAAAAGCAUAACAUGGUUUUGAAGGUACCAAAAGAGUCAGAAGAUGCUGGCCAUAGUCUCACUAGAAUCCUGAGGCUGCCUGCCUUGCUGGGAGACACAGGGUUCCUGAGGACAGGACAGGACAUUUAGGAGGUUCUUAAAGGGUCCAAGGCAGUGGUAUCUUUCCAGUAUGGAAGAAUGUUAAUGUUUUGAUAAUUAGCUAAAUUGGUGUGAACCAGCAUUGGGCCUUAGUUGGAAGUUCAGAGAUGGAUGGAAUUCUGUUAUCCUGGUUCUUGUCAAAUCCAGAGCCUUCCCCAUGGUAUGCAACCACAGUGGCACUGAGCCAUACCCCAAGCCCUUCAGUUCUCCUGGUUACUUCAAGUCCAAACUAACCCUUUCCUUUUCUCCUCCCUUCACUACUGACUCCAGUUCCAAAUUUCCUUCUUUUCUUGUAGAGGCUGAGAGCUGUCUGCUUCAGCCCACCUUGUGCAACUCUGUCCUGAGGAAAAGCAUGGCCAAUACAAUUACUUUUCCUUCUCAAUUCCUCCAAUACAAAAUGACCCUGAUUCUCUAAUGAAGAUGUGAGCUUUGCUGCUUUAUGCUGCCUCAUCUCCACUCCCCUAGUGCUUGAGAUAAUCACUCCUAGAGGCUUGGAUGGUAGGGUUUCUGAGCACUUGGGAAUUGCUUUUUAUAGUGUUCAGUAGAACUGAGUGUUUGAAGAGAAGCGCUGCAUGUUAGCUCAUUUACUAAGAUGCCAUCACUUCUUUUGUAUAGUACAUUGUUAACAUGAAAGAAAAGCUUCCUUUCCUUCUGUGUGACCUGGGCAAAGGUCAAAUUUCCUGGGUCUGAGAGCAUUGAAGUGUUGUCAGAGGCCCCUGAACGUCCUUGUGCCUUAGUCAUUGCCUGGGAACCUGAGAGCAGGGGAAGUUGCUCUAAGGUGUCCUUGUGGUACAGCCUGAGUGGUAAAUGAACAUGACGCGUGAAGAGCCGUGACCAUUUUCUACCUAGUGUGUCAGAGCAGCCCUGUUCAGGAAAGGGUUAAUGAUAAUCGGGAGAAGGGGAAGCAGGACAUGCCCAGCAAUGGAGUGGAUGGGGAAGGCAUACAAAGAGGGGCAGAAGAAACUCAGGGAGCUAACAACAAAAGUCGUUGAGAGAAAGGCCCCUUGGCCAACAGGUGAAAUUGAGAAAUCCAGCAAAGCCAGGCAGGGUAGAAUGUGCCUUUAAUCCCAGCACUGAAGGGGCAGGUGGAUCCUUUCUGCUUGAGGCCAGUCUGAUCUACUUAAUGUCCAGCCAGGGUGAUAUAGUGGGACACAGAAAGAGAGACUUGAACCGCAGGUAACAGCACUGCUUCCUUCCAUUCCUCUGUAAACACCUGGGUUUCCUGAUGUAAUGCCCUCCUCUGUGCUGUGAUAGCUAGAAUGAACUGUUGACUUGGAGUCUUUUGUACAUCAUAAUAAACUUUCGUUACAACAACAACAAAAA